UGACGUUUGCGUCAUCAGCUGGCUGUAGGAGCGACGAGAAUCAAAACAGAAAAUCAGAUUAAAACUCAAACUGGCUUCGGUUUAAUGAGACGGUUAUUCGUUAAAGGUUGUUUUUCCAGACGAGUUUAAAAUGAUUCACUGCGCCCUGCCUACAUCCUGCCUUCGCCUCAUGGUGCAGUAGAAACGGAGAUGGAUAAGAUCCUGGAAGCUUUGGUGAGUUCGUCUCACCCCUUAACCAUUAAACGAGCCAUAGUGAAGAAGGUGGUAGAGGCUGCAGAGAAGGAGGUGACAGAGGAGCAGUGCCAGGCCCUUUACCGCCUGACUGCGCGGCUCAUCCUGCAGGGCGAGGAUGCCUUUCAGCAACAGGUGGGCCAGCAGGUGCAGGAGGCUUAUGCCCGCUUCCACCGGGAUGAGUUUGCCCGAUUUCUCAGCAAGGAGUUCGUCCUGGGGCUCUUGCAGCAGGGCUACGGAUCGCUAGACCGGAGGGACCCAGCUAUCCUGGACUUCCUGCAUGGCUGCCUGCGGCUUCUUCUCAGCUGCCCAGCCGUGCUGGAACUGGCGCCGCUGAUGCAGACAGAAGUGCUACGAAUGGUUUGUGAGCGCCCUGAGGCCGCGCUCUGUGCCAAACUGGCUGCUCUACUGACCGACUUCCCUCAGUGUGUGCCGCGGGACAAAGCAGCCGUGCUGUUCUGCCAGCAGCUGGUGCGAACCUUCGCCCAUUUCCAGUGCCCAGUGGGCCAGGAGGCAGAGCUGCGGCGCUACGUCACGCAGGUGAGUCGCGUCGCCACUCUGCUGCAGGGCAUCUGGAAGGUGGAGCCGGCCACGCUGCUGCCGUCACUUCAGGAGGUGUUCGCUAUCAUCUCCUCUACAGACCCUUCCUUUGAGCCCUCCAUUGCUCUGGCCAGCCUGGUGCAGCACAUCCCUCUGCAGAUGAUCACAGUCCUCAUCAAGAGUCUUACCACUGACCAAAACGUCAAAGAUGCCAGUAUGACACAAGCACUCAGCAGGAUGAUCGACUGGCUGUCUUGGCCCCUUGCCAAUCAUGUAGACACCUGGGUUAUUGCUCUACUAAAGGGACUGGCUGCUGUGCAGAAAUUCACUAUCCUCAUAGACGUCACAUUGCUCAAAAUUGAACUGGUCUUUAAUCGUUUGUGGUACCCCAUUGUAAGACAGGGAGCAUUAGCUGUUCUCUCUCACAUGCUGCUUAGCUUCCAGCACUCUCCAGAGGCAUUCCACCUGGUGGUUCCCCAUGUGGUACCGCUGGUGCAGUCUCUGCAGAACGAUGGGCUUCCCACCAGCAAAGCCUUCUUGCUGCAGUUCACUGAGCUGAUCCACUGCAUGAUGUACCAGUACUCGGGCUUCCCUGACCUCUACGACAGCAUCCUCGAAGCCAUUAAGGAACUACCUAAACCUAGUGAAGAGAAGAUCAAGUUUGUGCUGAACCAAAGUGCCUGGACCUCGCAGUCAAACUCUUUUGCCUCAGGACUGCUGAGGCUUACGGGCAAAUCAGAGACAGGGAAGACGGGUCUUGUGAACUUGGGCAACACGUGUUACAUGAACAGCAUCAUUCAGACCCUCUUCAUGGCUACAGAUUUCAGACGGAAUGUCUUAUCCCUGCAUCUGAAUGGCUCUAAUACCCUGAUGAAGAAGCUUCAACUCCUCUUUGCUUUCUUAGCUCAUACACAGCGAGCAGCAUAUGCACCAAGGAGUUUUCUAGAAGUGUCACGGCCACCCUGGUUCACAGUUGGCUCCCAACAAGACUGUUCUGAGUAUCUGCGCUUCCUUUUGGACAGAUUGCAUGAGGAAGAAAAAACUCUCCAAGCGCUUCAGACAGCAAAGCCUAAGGUGGUCUCUGUCAAUGCCGAGGGUAUUGGUGACGGUGUGACUCACAGCGUGAACGACACACUGUCCCAUUCUCAUGUGGAACCUGUGGUCGCCGAGGGUGACGGGCGGACUCUGGUCGAGCGAAUGUUUGGCGGCCGUCUUUCCACGCGCAUCUGCUGUCUGCAGUGCCACAGUCUGUCUGAGAAAGAGGAACCUUUUACGGACCUUUCCCUGGCCUUCUGCCCCUCUGCCCCACAGUCCGCUGUAGGACCCUGCCAAGGAGCUGUUAAUGGAGGCAGUGAGAAUUUGGAAGGCCCUGUUAAAGAAGCCCAGAGUGUAGAGCGACCUGCGACCGAGCCAGCUCUGUCCCUGCAUGACCUCCUGGAGUAUUUUCUGGCCCCAGAAAUCCUGGAGGAAGAGAACUGCUACUUCUGUGAGCGCUGUGGGUCACUGCAGCGGGCCGAGCGCGUCAUGAGGGUGGUGGCUGCGCCUGAAUACCUCAUUCUCACACUGCUGCGCUUCUCUUAUGACGCCACAUGCCAUGUCCGCCGCAAAAUCCUGGACAAUGUGGGCAUGCCACUGCGCAUGUGCCUGCCCGUUCACCAGCACCAUGCAUCUGCCUCUAAUACUGCUGCUGUCUCUUCGUCUUCCUCAUCCUCACCGGCGCAGAUUGACUCCCCCGAGAGUGGCGAGAACUUAGCCAAGAAGCUGAAGCCAUCUCGGAGAGAGGAAGAAGAGGAAAGGUUAACGGACACUGGGAGAGAGGGAGGUACAAAAGGGGAAAGAUCAGGGGUGCAUUUAGUCCCAUAUGUCCUUAGUUCUGUCGUGAUGCAUUCCGGGAUGUCCUCAGAGAGCGGUCACUACUACUCAUAUGGCAGGAAUGUGAGCGGGACAGAUGUGUGUGCCGCUGCUACGACAAUAGCCAAUUCCUGCAGCAAAAAUUCUGAAACAGAGGCAGGGCUUAACCACAGUGGCCAGUCAGAAAGCUUCACCGCUUCGCAGGACGUAGUAGAGUGUGGAGGACAAAGCUCCAGCGAAUGGUUCUUGUUCAAUGACAGUCGAGUGACUUUCACCAACUUUCAGUCUGUGCAGAAUGUUACAAGUCGUUUCCCCAAGGACACAGCCUAUGUACUGAUAUACAGAAAACAGGACAUUGGCGGUCAGCCUGGUGGCGCACGAGGUAUUGUUAACAGCUCAAAGUUUAACGGGGAGCCACCACUUCAUAAAGACCUGAUGGAUGCCAUCACCAAAGACAAUAAACUCUUCUUGCAGGAGCAGGAGCUCAACGCCAGAACCCGCGCUCUCCAGGCAGCCUCGGCCUCCUGCUCGUUUCGGCCCAACGGCUCAGACGACAACGAGCCUCCGGGCAGCUGUGGCCCUUCGGGUGGGGGAGGGGGCGGGGGCUUCAACACUGUCAGCAGACUGGUCUUCUGAGACUAGGACGCACACACUCUCACACAGAGCACUGGACUCAAACGUUCAAGCCUAAACACUGGACUCCAUUUACAAUCCAGUCUCUUCGGUUUCCUAAUAACUCUCCCACUUAAAAACAGCUUUGCUUUCUGGUUUGCAUGCAUUUCCCCCUUAUAUUUCCUUGUUACAAAGUGUUGACUAAGCACUUUUGAUCCUACAGGUCACGAUUGGCCUAUCCAUGGGCCCAUGCCCUGACAACAUUUACGAUUGCCAACUUAUUUAAUAACUAGUGAUUACUUUCAACUCUGAAGAGCUAUUUUUCCCCAACAUGUAACCAUCUUUCUCCACUCAUUCACACUGUACUUGAAGAGCUGUUUGCUUAGGUUGUUUAUUUAACACGGUUUUUCCUGUGCUGUGAUUGGUUAAGUGACAUGCCCAUGGAUAGGUCAUAAACUGACACGUUGAUGCAAUAAAUAUCCACAGAAGGAUGCAAUACUGAUUUUUGUUCCAUAGAACUUGAGCUACACUAUGGGUUAGCGAAAAUAAUGUCUGGCAAAUAUGUGUGAAUAGAUUUUUUUGACAAACUAAGACUUAACUUGCAUGCUAAAUAUUUGAAUUGAAUUUUCUUCUGGUUUGGGGUGACAUCACGAAUAUUGCUGUUUUUAUAUUAUAUUAUUUGUUUUAACUAAGUUAUUUCGCGCAUUCAGGGAGUAUUUUUUUUCCCUUGGGUUUUAAGCUGAUUUUCUGUGCCUUUUGAUACACAUUUAAGAUUUUACAGGAUGAUUUGACUUGAUUUAAAAAAAAUAAGCCUUGUGCUUUACUGUACAGUGUUAAUAUUUGAUCAAUGUUUUUCUUUUUCUCCAACAGUAAAGGUGCAUCGAGAAGCAAUGUCUGAUUUAUUAUAUGUACAAAAAUAUAUGUAAAUAAUUUCAAAGUGCUUCUAAUGGACUGUGUCUGACACUUAUCAUGCAGACAGUGGGCCAUAUUUAUCAAACUUGCCAAAGUAAGAGUGCUGCAGUCAGACAUAGCCUUUUACAACUUAAUGAAGGUAUAAUAUUGAAAAAAGAGGGAUUACUUUUACUGUGAGCUGCUUGAUAAAUAUGGAUAACUGACUGGUCUGCCAACUCUCAUACCAUGCUGCUAAUUAUUCAGCGCGUCUGAUGGAGGAUCUCCUACACUUUGAUUCUUGGCUAAUUGCUAGUUGUUUAAGUAUGAGUAAAAGAUGUUUUCACUUUGAGUUUUAAAGUAUAAUGAGUUUUAAAGAAUAUACAGGCGGAUUUUUACACAUUUUAAACAUCAAGAUGUAAACAAUGUCAUUCAGACUGGUUUGAUGUGAAAUGCUGUAUUCUAGAGAAAUCUGCAGUCAGAAUUGUUUACAGUGGUGAUGAUAGAAAUCAGACAUCUCUAAAAGCUCCCUCACAGAAAGUUAUAACACAAAAUGAUUACAAAAACGCAGCCUGAUGUCUGAGAUGGGUUUUUUUAAAUACGUUUUUGGGCUAAAAUAUAUUGUUUAAAGUAUAUCCGUGGUUGUGAGGCAAAAUGGUACCUGACUAAAUCUUUGUUUUUUUUUUCCAGAUUUAACUCUAUUUUACCAAUCAUCUUUACAUAUUAAACCUCAGAAGACGUCGUUUAGCCAGUCAUUUUGGAUAUUAAAGCUGCACUAUGUGAGAAGUAGCAUUAUGAGUGAGUAAGGAAAAAAAAAAACAUUACAAACUGCAAGUCACCCAGUAAAGACCGAAAUAAUAAUUUAAAAGUCAGAGGUGUCAGAUUGGAUGUUAUGGUAGUUUUUCGAAACACGUCAUACAUCUUUGCGUAUUAAGGAAAUGUGCACAGGCUUAAGAAGAUGCGGCUUGAUGUUUAGGUCUCAAAUGCAAAAUCAACAUUAUACUGAAGAUAUGACGACAAUAGUCGUUAAUUCAUACAUCCUUGAAAGACACAUCCUUCCCCUAGUUUGACUUGAGUUCUCAUUGAAUGCUCUUUCAAUGUGCUCGCAGUAAUCAGAUCCAUCCACUCAGGAAGCACAACAGACGUUACAGAAUGUUCUUUGGCACACUAUGUGCAAUUACAUAUUUCCACCAGAGAGGUCUCCAUGUCCCCAAAACUACUCAAUGGUUCCUAUCACCACUAAAGAAAUCAGAGUUGGUGAAGUUUCUCUACAGUGAAACGUUUCACAUCAAACCACUCUGAAUGACUUUUUACAUCUCAGUAAAUGAAAAUGCAACAAUUCCUUUUUAAAUUCCCCUUUAAAAGUGUAAAGUCCACCUUUAGGUUUUAUGUAGUGGUCUUAAUGAUCCAAAUUGAAUCCUUAUAGUUUGGCUACCAACUUAAAAAGAUUGUCAUUAACCUCCAUGUGUGACGAUGUCACAUCCAGCUGUAGUGCUCUGGGACGUGGAUAACUGAAAUGUUUUUGGUUAUUGUGGUGAGGCCGUGUGGAAAGCGCCCUUGUGCUGUUUUUAACCUUUUGCAGAGUUCAGAUAGCCCUAUGUAAUUUCAGCAAUCUGAGUUAGCUCAGAUGACUGGAAUUCCUAUUCAAGAAGUGUCCGGUUAUAUAAGACAUGGUGUUUAUUUCAGAAUAAAAGCAAAGAAAUGAAA